GAGAGGCGCCGCUGCGGAGACGGCAACAAGUGCGGGAGCCGUUCCGAGCCGGAGCUGUCCCCGCCGCCGACAUCGCCGGGCCGCCAGUCGAGGGCGCAACGCAUGGAGCGUGAGCGGCGGCGGUCGCCGGGCUGAGCCGCGCCGAGCGGCCGGGACGUGGAUGUGGCCGCGAUAUCCCGCCCCCGCCCCGCCGAGCAGGAGCUGCUCCCGGACAAGAUAUGAGAAAUGAGUGUUGGACGUCGAAGAAUAAAGUUGUUGGGUAUCCUGAUGAUGGUAAACGUCUUCAUUUAUUUGAUUGUGGAAGUCUCCAAAAGCAGUAAUCAAGACAAAAAUGGAAAGGGGGAAGUGAUAAUACCCAAAGAAAAGUUCUGGAAGACAUCUAACCCUCCCUUGGCAUAUUGGAACCGAGAACAAGAAAAGUUGAACAGGCGGUACAAUCCCAUUUUGAGCAUGUUGGCCAACCAGACAGGGGAAGUGCACGGGUUUUCUAAUAUAAGCCAUCUGAAUUAUUGUGAACCUGACCUGAGGGUCACAUCUGUAGUUUCAGGUUUCAACAAUUUGCCGGACAGGUUUAAAGACUUUCUGCUAUAUUUGAGAUGUCGAAAUUAUUCGCUGCUUAUAGAUCAGCCAGGUAAGUGUGUAAAGAAACCCUUCUUACUGCUGGCAAUUAAGUCCCUCACUUCACACUUUGCUAGAAGACAAGCAAUUCGGGAAUCUUGGGGCAGAGAAACCAGUUUGGGGAACCAAACAGUGGUACGAGUCUUCUUAUUGGGCCAGACCCCCCCAGAGGACAACCACCCCGAUCUUUCGGAUAUGCUGAAGUUUGAGAGUGAAAAGCACCAAGACAUUCUUAUGUGGAACUACAGAGACACUUUCUUCAACUUGUCUUUGAAAGAAGUGCUCUUUCUCAGGUGGGUGAGCACUUCCUGCCCAAACGCUGAGUUUGUUUUCAAGGGUGAUGAUGAUGUUUUUGUCAAUACCCAUCAUAUCCUGAAUUACUUGAAUAGCUUAUCCAAGAACAAAGCCAAAGAUUUGUUUAUAGGUGAUGUGAUCCACAACGCUGGACCUCAUCGGGAUAAGAAACUGAAGUACUACAUCCCAGAAGUUGUUUACACUGGUGUCUACCCGCCUUAUGCCGGGGGAGGUGGGUUCCUCUACUCCGGCAACCUGGCUCUGAGGCUGUACAAUAUAACUGACCAGGUCCUUCUCUACCCCAUUGAUGAUGUUUAUACUGGAAUGUGCCUUCAGAAACUCGGCCUCGUUCCAGAGAAACACAAAGGCUUCAAGACAUUUGACAUAGAAGAGAAAAAGAGGAAUAACAUUUGUUCCUAUCUAGAUUUGAUGUUAGUCCAUAGCAGAAAACCUCAAGAGAUGAUUGAUAUUUGGUCUCGGUUGCAAAAUGCUCAUUUAAAUUGCUAAAACAUGUACAAACUAAAUUUUGCAUAGAAAGACAUAUCUUGGAUAGUUCCCGUGUUAUGUUCUUUCACUAGGGGUAAUUUCUAUGUUAAACCAUCAAAAUUGCCUUUAUAAGUAGUAUCUAUUUGAAGGCCUCAAAACCCUUUAACGUGGUACUUUCUGAAGAGGGAAAGCAGGUCAUAAUUUUUAAAGGAGGCUAUGGCAGGGUGGUUGGUUCUGAUUCUUCCAACUGGCUAGUGGUCAUUAUUUUCUAAUACCCUCCUUCCCCCGCUUCUUGUCCGAAAGAAUGUUUUUGGAAUUUGACUAUUUUAAGUUAUUUUUGUUUUGACCUAAUAUGGUAAUAUUUCUACUUUCUAUCAUGAGUGAAUUGUUUGCAAUUUAGGUGUUUAAAAUCUGUUGGCUACAAAUGAUUUGUUAUAUAUGAUUCAGUGAUUUUUGUGAAAAGGAAUUAAAUUUAUUUUCAUGACAUUUGGAUGAAUUUUUAAAAAUUGUCUUAGAAACAUUAACUUCUGUUGAAAUUUCCUGCCACCUCAACAGUAUUUUCUGUGUUAAUAGAAUCAGUUAAUUUUGCAAAAUGAUAUGUGAGUGAUCCACUUUAUCUUGUUAGGAACAUAAUAACUGUUCUUGUAUUUGGUUUGCUGGGUGGCAUCAUAAUAGUUCUCAAUUUUUAGUAUUUGAGAAUAAUGAGUACGAUUCCAUGUUGGCCAACUAAGGAUUGAAUUGACCCUGGCAGUCUUAUUAUGUUUGUGAUUUUUUAAUGUGGACCAGGAAAGCGUGUGUAACUUUUGAACUGUAAGUGAAAAGACUGAAGUUGCAGACCUUUUCAUGAGUGAUUUGUCAGCUUAAAACUUCAGGAUUCUAUUCUUGCCAUAUUUUCACAUGUUGCUUAUACAAAAUUAUUCUGAGUAGUGAGUGACUGCUUCCCUGUCUCAGUGUAGAAGUGCCUGUGUUUUUAUUUAUGGAGAUCAAUGACCAAAACAUUUUCUUAAAUAUAUUUUGUGUAAUAUUUUAUUUGUAUACAAUGUUGUUGAUAAAAUAUUUAACUAGAGCAUGGUAUUUUAAAUGUAAGAUGUAACAUAUGUUAAAUAAAGCUGUUAUUUUUGAAUUUUAAAGUACGUUUUUUGGAGAGCUGUGGAUUGCUAAGUUGACAGAAUUCUGCCAAACUGUUGCUUAUAUAUAUACUGUCUUAUAACAUGCUUUCCUGACAUUUUUUUGUGUUCGUAGUGAUGAAGAAUCUUACCUGAUGUGAUACUGGGGACUGUAAGAAGAUAGAAAUAAAGUCAUUGUAUUUUUAAUUGUCAUGUGUAAUAAUCUAUGAUCUUUUUUUGUUUUGUGUAUUUGAUUACAUUUUCCCCCAAGGAGGCCAUUCUCCCCGCCACCCCCAGAAACUAUAUUAUAGUGAUAUUGAACUAUAACUUUGUCUUCAAUUGGUCAUCUAUCUUCACAGUUAAAAUUCUUAAAAGUGCUUUCCCACCUUGAGUCUUUAAA